AUGGCCGGGCCCGCCGAGCCCGCCGAGCCGGAAAGGAAGGGCGAGGAGGUGGAGGCGAAAGACAAGGGCGAGGAGGAGGCCAAGGCCAAGGCCAAGGAAGUCCCUAAGGAGACAGGGCCUGCGGAGCCGGCAAAGCCUGCCGAGCCUGUGAAGCUCGACGUGAUCUCAGCGAUGCAGCCAUCUGAAAAGAGUGCGGAGGAGCGGAUCGAGCUUGCUAUGGACUACUUUGAGCCCGUGGGGAAGAAGCGGAAGCUCGCCGUUGCCCUCCGAGGCUUCGCACCGGAGCUUCUUUGCAACACACCCUCUAACCUUCAGACCUGUCGGAGCCUGCUCGUCUUCCUGGAGAAGAAGAUGGGUCUUCCGCUCCCGAAGGCUCCGGAAGUCCAGGGACCCGAGGACCUGAAGUCCGAGCUCGAGAACUUCGCGGAGGAGGCCGGCCGGGUGGCGGCCAUGGCGAAGCCGGGCGCCUGCGACGCGCGGGUCCGGCGCGUGCUGGACCUCUCCGCUCUGACCGGGAGUCCGGCGGGCAAGGAGCGGUUGGAGUCAAGGAAGGAGAGGUUGCAGAAGAGAGUUCAGCAGCUGAAUCUGCAGCUGAAGGAACGAGGCGAGUCGGACGUCGAGACGCUCACGAAGCCUCGGCAGGUCUGGGCGGAGGGGCUCUUCCAGAGAGACUGGUUGGCCUGGUGCGAACGCCUGCUCCAGGCACGUGAGGCGAAUCUACUUCGGGCCGGUAACCAGGGCCUCGACCACGUGGAGCCCCAAUCCGAGAACUUGACGGCGGGUGAACUUGUAGCUUCGCUUCUGGGCGCGUGA